AUGACAAUGACAGAUACUUCGCCGAGAUUCGUCGUGCGGCUGCAUCAGGGCGGCUCUGGGUACGCAUACCUGCGGGAGAUAUUUCGGGCAGCGGAUGGGCUGGGGUAUGACGCGGCCUCGCUGUAUGACUUGCUGGGGAUUCCGACGCUGGAGUGCUGGACGACGCUUUCGGCGCUGGCGGCGGAGACGGAGCGCAUACGUCUGAUUCCGAUGGUGCUGGCGAACCUGUACCGGCAUCCGGCGACACUGGCUAAGAUGGCGGCUACGCUGGAUGUCAUCAGCGAGGGCAGACUGGUGCUGGGCAUCGGGGCUGGCGGCGGUGAGGGGGACCACAAGGCUUAUGGACUACCCUACCCGUCAACUCGUGAGCGCGUUGCGAUGGUUGGCGAGGCUGUGCAGGUUGUACGACUGCUGUGGUCUGGGGAGCGCGUGAGCUUCGAGGGCAACCAUUACCGACUAAACAAUGCGCUGUGCGAUCCUGCGCCUGUGCAGCAGCCGGCGCCGCCGAUACUCAUCGGUGGGCAUGGGGAGCGGCAUCUGCUGCGCGUGGCGGCGGCGCAUGCGGACAUCACGAAUAUGAGCGCCGAUAUGAGCAUUGCAGAGCACGAGGCAAAGCGGCGGGUGGUGGACGCUCAUUGCGCCGCAGUGGGGCGAGAGCCGUCAGAGGUGGCACUGAGCCACAACGCGCAUGUGUUCAUCGGCAGGGACGAGGCGGCGGUCGAGGCGCUGCUGGCGGGGCAUGCGGCGCGGCAUGCCGUGUCGGUGGAACGGUUCAGGGCGUCGAUGGGCAAUGCUAUUGUGGGCACGCCAGAGCAGUGCGUGGAGCAGAUUCGACUGUACACGGACUAUGGCAUCGGCUGGUUCUUCCUGCUGUUUCCGGAGCCGGUGAGCGUUGGGGAUUUGGAGUUGUUCGCCAGCGAGGUGAUGCCGCACUUUCGCGAUCCUCAAUAG